CUGACUAUUAACAGAUCCCAUAACAUAUAAAUCAAACCAUGUUUGCGUCUUGCAAUUUUAACCAGGAAUGUGGACAUUGUUCUUUCUUAUUUAGGAUGACUCAGAGAGUGUCUGUUCCGAGUUCUGUUCUGUUCUGUUUUUCUUGAUCUUGAUCUUGAUAUUGAUGUGUUGCGGUGAAACAUUGAAAAAAAAUUACUCACCGCGCGUGCGUCAAGUAGCUGUAAAACAUACUUAGUUUUCGAGCCCCCCUCUAAUUUGGUUUUUAAACAUAGAAACUGGAUCAUUUGUAGCUGUUUGAUACUUGCGAAUCAAGUCCGGAGGAAGAGAGUUCCAGGCACAUAUUGUAUUUGGGAUGAAACUGAACUUUAGUACGUUUGUCAUUGUCGAAAUUCUAUUAAAAUGUUCAUUAUGCAUGUUUUUAGUAAAACGAAUAGGUCGAUGGAGUUGAUCCAAUGGUAAAUUUGCACGUGAAUUUAGACCUUUACAUAGUAAUAUUAAUCUAUUUUGUUUUCUUCUUUCUUUCAAAGGUUGAAGUUCUAAUACUUUUAAAAUUUUAGUCAUGGAUCCUGGUUCGUAGUCCCGAUAAUUAGAAGUGAUGAAUCUAGCUGAAUGCUUUUGUACGCUUUCAAGUUUUUCUUGUAAAUAAAUUUGAUGUGGAUCCCAGGCCGCGCUGGCAUAUUCUAGCACUGGGCGGAUUAAUCCUUUAUAAGCCUGAAGUUUUACGUCUUGAGCACACAUGGAUAAAUUUCUUUUGAGAAGACCUAACGUUCUGUACGAUUUGUUGCAGACUUCAUUUAUAUGUUUGUUCCAAUUCAGAUCACAUGUGAUAUUCACUCCAAGAUAUUUAAUACAAGAUAAGACGUCUAGACGAGUAUUUUUCAAUGUGUAGUCAAAAUUAAUUUUCUUAUUUCUACGUGAAAGAGUCAUCGUGUUGCAUUUACUGGGUUGGAAUCUUAUACCCCAAGAAGUGGCCCAAUAACCAAGUUUAUUUAUGUCUGAUUGUAAGUCUAAGCAGUCUUCAAAAUUAUUAAUUUCCCUAUAGCAAACACAAUCGUCGGCAAAAAGUCUAAUAUUCGAAGUUAUGUCUAUAGAGAUGUCAUUGAUAUGCACCAAAAAUAGGAUCGGGCCUUACACAGUUCCCUGCGGUACUCCGGAUUUAACAAUUGAGGAUUCUGAUCUGGCGCCAUUUACUACAACGCAUUGCUUACGGUUUACUAAAAAUGAAUCUAUCCACUGUAGAAUGUUUAUAGGAACUCCAUAUUUGUGUAAUUUAGUUUUUAAUAAUUCAUGAGGCACGGUGACGAACGCCUUUUCGAAGUCUUGUAUAAAAAUGUCCACUUGUUUGGAUUUAUCUAUAGAUGUUGCCCAAUCAUUAAUGACGGUUACAAGUUGGGUUUCACAACUGUGAUUUUUACGAAAAGCAUGUUGAUUUUUAUUCAGAAUAGAGUUGUUAUCAAAAUGUUGCAUUAAGUUGGAACAGAUGAUGUGCUCUAGAAGUUUGCAACAUAUGCAAGUCAACGACACAGGUCUAUAAUUACUAGGUUUUGAUCUGUCAUCUUUCUUGUAUAACGGACAAAUAUUUGCUGAUUUCCUAUCCUCCGGAUUAGUACCAAUGUUUACUGAUUGUUGAAAGAGAUGCGCUAAGACGCUUGAUAUACUAGUUGCAAGUUCUUUUAAUACUUUUGGAUGUAUACUAUCAGGACCCAUGGCCUUGGUUGUAUUUAAGCCUUGCAGCAAUUUUUCAACUCCUUUUUCAGUAAUAUUUAUUAAGUCCAUUUUCUCGUAUAAAGGUGUUUCAUAUGUAACUGACGUAUAUUCAGUGUGCGUAAAGGCACUGGUGAAUUGUUCAUUUUAAACUUUAGCUUUAUCUAAAUCUGAUUCUACAGUAGAGCCACAUUUUGUUGUUAACGGAGGUAUACCUGUUUGUCGGAUUUUUGACAGUUUAUGUAUUUCCAAAAAGGCUUACAGUCUUUUUUAAUUUCACCAAUUAAAUUAUUCACAUAAUUGUCAUGAGCAUCUUGAACUUCAGUUUUAACUUGUUUUCAUAACAAUUUCCACUUAAUCUUCAGUCUGAGAUUUCCAGUUUUUUUUUAAUUUGCAUGAGUUUUAUUUCUACGUUUUACCAAUGUUUUAAUUUCUCGGGUAAUCCAAGGUAAAUAUUGUAGACUUUUAGAUAGUUUACUUGGAACAUGAGUGUCUACACAUUUUAAUAAGAAUUUCUUGAUUAAUUUACUAUUUCUUCCACUGUUCUGGUGUUUUGAUAACCGUUGAAAUACUUGUCCUUAGCAAAGUCCGAAGUUUCCUUUCUCAUUGCAUCAUAAUCUCCUUUUUGGAAUAUUGGAAAUAAGAACGUUUUGGUUGUUUCUUGUACGGGAUGUCACACUUCAACGUACCAGCGAUAACAUCAUGAUCACUAAACUUGUCUGGCGAGUAGAUAUUUUCAAAUUGACCGGGUAGUGUUGUAAUGAACAAAUCCAGAAUGUUUUCGUCCCUCGUGGGAAAAUUUACGAGUUGUUCAGCACUAUGUUCGUCUAGGAUAUCAAUAAGUGAUUGGCCUUCACAGUCCGAUAGGCAUGAUAACGUUAAUUUAUUAAGUUUAUUUUACUCGAGUUAUUUAUAUUCUUAGCGAAUUGUUCAUAAAUAAAAGUACUGUAUUGGGUUAAUGAACACAUAUAUUUUAUGAAUCCAUAGGUAUUGCACAAUAAUCUUCGUUAGUCUGAUUGUUAUUCACAUUUUUCACUAGAAGUCGUCAUGUCAUUUCACCAUUGUCCGCCAUCUUGGAAUGCUGACUUAUGGGUAAUUCUUGCAUAGCAACAAACUGCUGUGAUAACAUUUUUAUCGCAAGACCUAUUUUUAGGCAUUAGGUAAGAAAUCUACGCUAUUAUUAGCAUGUAAAGGUUAUUAAUUAGUUCAUAUAAUCUGUUUUAAAUUGGUUUGUCAUUUAAAGCCCAUUUUAUUAUUUAUAAGUGUUAAGCGUGCGAGCGUUCCCUAAUUGGUCACGGCAGUUAUUGUGACCCGCUUUUGGUCACACAGUGACCAAUAUUUGGUCACAGUGACCAAUUUCUGGUCACAAAUGACGCCGCGAUAGUAUAAAGUGACCAAAUUUUGGUCACAGGGUUCAUUCUAGUUAUAAUCUUUAAAGGGGUAACAUCUAUCAAUGUUUUCUCUAAAAAAGUAAGAUUAGCAUUAACAAUAGUAACUUUUGUAUUGAACCGUUGAAUUUUGAGAAAUAAGUAAUAGCUUAUUCUAAGUUCUUUUAAAUAUGGAGUAAUUGAACUAUUAAAUCUAACUUUAACUACCGUAUUACGUUGAAAGGAGCAUCAUUGAAUUUUUGACAUCCAUUGUUUACUAUUAUUUGACUACGCUACUUUGUCAAGACUGUUAAAUCCGAUGAAUAUUAAGUUUUAUUGAAUGUAUCGGAAUUAAGCAUUUUGUUUAUCGGUACACAGUUAUAACCGUUUAUUGUGAAUAAACCCGUUGAACAUUUCGUAUCGGAAUUGCGUUGUGAAUUUAUAGUACCACGGAACGCAACAAUACUACAAAAACGAAAGAAGAGUUAAAUGUCUAAAAAAAAUAAAAAUAAUUAAUUGCGGAAAUUAUUUGUGGAUGCGGUGCCGUUUGAUAAAAAAUACACGGUUGACUAGAAGCCGAUUCUUAUCAUCCGGGAAUGACUAGAAUCCGAUUCAUGUCACCCUGGGGUGACAUAAACUUGAUAAAGCCGAUUCUAGUCACCAAGGGUGACUACCGUCGGCUUGAAGUCACCGCAGGGUGACAUGAAUCGGCUUUUAGUCACCCCCGGUUGACUUGUGGGCCUUUUCAGGUCGACAAUGAUAAUGAGCUCUAAUUACAUACAUUCAAUAACUGAUACAUGGGUUUCGCUGUUUUGAUAUAUUCUGUUCUAAAAUUUUGAUACCUCACUGUCAAUGGAAAACAUCGUUUGUGUACAUCAUUGAUUGGUUGUGAAAUCAUCAAGUUUUUCUUCUUUUUUACCAGUAAACAAUCUAGUUUAUAUCAAUGUGGUACGUCGGCAUUAUUAUUUAUCCGCAGAGAAAUCUUUGUUUGAUGUAUUAUACAUAUGCCAUUAUUAUUUGUGACCGGGUCGACUUUCUCCCGAUUUGUUUAGUGGUUUAUAACCCGUACUUAUUAUUUUAACAUGAUAUUUUUGUGAGUGUAGUCACAUGAUCAAAUCGGAGGAAACGAGUCCAAGUUCACUCUAGUGCACCAGCAGGUUAAAAGAAGAGAGACUGAAGUGAAAGAGAAAGGGACUGAAUUCCAUAAAUUGAUCCUGAUUUAUACUGUAGGAUAAACUGCUAUUUGAAUGUUCGUCUGCAUGUAUUUCAUAAAGGACUGAAAAGCAUUCCUACAUUAUUAAAAGAAGUGAACUGUGAACUAUCUUAUUUAUGAUGUCUUGUUUAUUGGGAUACAACACAGCCGUAACCAUCCGGGUUACAGUAUUACAGACUAUUUUAACAGAAUUAUACUUUAACUACAUGUACUUUAACAUGUAAAACUUCAUACACUAGAGUAUCAAAAUUGGCGACAGGUUCAUUUCUAAUGUUGUGAAACGUUGGCCUAUGGUUAAAAAGUUUUAUCGCACAUCUUGUGUUUGAAUUUAUUUGUGUUUCAGUGUUAAUUUUAACUUCUAAGGUUGAUAAACUUUUGGAACUAGCUUUAUUUCUUUCAUAUUUCACAAGAAAUAUACUUGAACGAUUUGAACAAAAAGGUUUUAACAUUAUAAACAGUAACAAAAUGGCAACAGGUUCAUUGUCUUCGGUUCCAAAUGGUUUGCGUAUGGUUGAAGCCUUUUCUUGCACACGUUGUUUAGAGCAGAAUCUUACGGAAUCUGCAGACAUUUAUUGUGAAAUAUGUUUAAGGUUUUGGUGUAAAAAAUGUGUUAUCCUGCAUAGUCAUUUUUUUACAAAACAUAUGACAUGUGGAAGGGAGGAUAUUAAGAAAUGGCCAGUUUCUAAGGCAGUGGAAGAUUUUCUCAGGAAGUGUGAGGUGCAUGAGGAUGAAACACUGACACAGUUUUGCCAUGACCACAGUCAGCUGUGCUGCUCUGCAUGUGUUGGAACAAUUCACAGGGGCCUCAUCCUCACUAGUUCAUGCCCAAAGAACAAUGUUCCCAAACUCCAACACAGCCACUACAUCUCAACAGGACAUGUCGAUGGAGAGGGCUCCCUUCCCAGAAAACCUCACCGAGCUAAUGAACAGUGCCACUGCGCCAAACGUGACCCUUCAGAAAAAAAGGAUUCUGGGCCCUAUAUAACCCUAGGACCAAUCCAAGCUCCCACAGCAGCCAUCCAGCCAGAGCCUUGUGAGCUUAGGGCAGGGGGUCUCCCAUUACAGCAACCGUCACAGAUCAUUGUCUGGUGGCACUCGGCUUCAGACGUCGCCCAAUUAGGGCUUCACGUUCAAUGUAUCCUAGCAACAGCAGCAACAGUCGGCUCAGCCGUCUACAAUGUUUGGACAACAACCUUCUUGCAGCAGUUUAUUACAACGCCCAGCUCAGUCGUGGGUCAACAUGCUCUUUCCAGAGCCCAUUUGGCUCUCAGGGCCGUGGCUGUGACCCUCUUCUCAUCUUGUCCAGCGCCAUGUGUUUCCCUGGUCUACAGCACCGUAUCUAUGGCAAUAAAAUUGGCUACAAAAUCCUUGACAUCAACCCAGUACUCCCUUUGGGGUAAAGCAAUGUGCCCCUAGAUACAAACAUCGUCACAGAUCUCUCUCCAAUGGCUUGAAGCUGUACACAUCACCGCUUCAUAUUUAGCUACCAGCAGUAUCCAUGCAACAGACCCAGUUCUGCCCAGCAACAGCUACACCAGAAGCAGUAGUCAAGUUGACCCUCACCUCUCAGAGCAAAUCAGUGGACUUUGAUGUAGCAGCACAUCAACUCAAAGAGAUCCAUGCGAGGUCAGCCCUCACAACAGUGCCAUACCAUGACGUCCUCCAACUCGCCCCAGUACUCACCUUGGUGUCAGGGAAAGGUUCAAGUUCACAUGGGCUUUGGUGACCUUUGCAAGAUUGCAUGUUGGACUGGAGUGAUGGGACAUCUUCCAUUUCAAUUAAGAUCUUGUUGCAAUUAUUUUCUCUUUAAUAAGUCAUUAAUGAAAAUGAUUGCAACUACAAAAGGAAUACUUAUGCUGCUAUGGAUAAAAAUCUCCAAACAUAUUAACCUGAGAUUGAAGUUGGACUCUUGGCUAUGUUGUGUUUAUUUAGUGUUGACAUUAAUGGAGUUUUUAGACAAAAGUAGAAUGUGGGCGCAUCUGUGAAAUGGUUGUCAGCACUUAUUCUUAGAGGACAUAAAAGUUUUCUCAGAACAUAUCGCCUUACACAGAUAUUUUGAUUAUGUGUGAUAUUUUUUCUACUAUAAAAAAUUAUCAUUUUCUGAUAUCCCAUCCUAUAUUGCCUAAUUGAUGGGUUUGGAUGAUAUUUGGAAAUGAAGAGGUGAAAAAGAAGCAAACACUUUUAUACUUCAGUUUUUAUGUCCCCCACUAUAGUAGUGGGGGACAUAUUGUUUUUGCCCUGUCUGUCUGUCUGUUGGUCUGUCUGUUGGUCUGUCUGUUGGUCUGUUGGUCUGUUUGCGCCAACUUUAACAUUUUGCAAUAACUUUUGCUAUAUUGAAGAUAGCAACUUCAUAUUUGGCAUGCAUGUGUAUCUCAUGAAGCUGCACAUUUUGAGUGGUAAAAGGUCAAGGUCAAGGUCAUCCUUCAAGGUCAGAGGUCAAAUAUAUAUGGCCAAAAUUACUCAUUUUAUGAAUACUUUUGCAACAUUGAAGAUAGCAACUUGAUAUUUGGCAUGCAUGUGUAUCUCAUGGAGCUGCACAUUUUGAGUGGUGAAAGGUCAAGGUCAGAGGUCAAAUAUAUGUGGCCCAUAUUGCUUAUUUUAUAAAUACUUUUGCAAUAUUGAAGAUAGCAACUUGAUAAAUGGCAUGCAUGUGCAUCUCAUGGAGCUGCACAUUUUGAGUGGUGAAAGGUCAAGGUCAUCCUUCAAGGUCAGAGGUCAAAUAUAUGUGGCCCAAAUCGCUUAUUUUAUGAAUACUUUUGCAAUAUUGAAGAUAGCAACUUGAUAUUUGGCAUGCAUGUGUAUCUCAUGGAGCUGCACAUUUUGAGUGGUGAAAGGUCAAGGUCAUCCUUCACAAGGUCAAGGUCAUCCUUCAAAGUCAAACGUCAUAUAGGGGGACAUUGUGUUUCACAAACGCAUCUUGUUAUUCACCUAAAGUUUUUUUUAAUUUAAACAACAGUCCCAGGAUCAUCAUGACUGUGCGUGUUCUUUGAUCUCAGACUCAUUGAUAAAAAACAUACAAAAUGACAAACUGAUGUUAACAACAAUGCAACUUUCUUUUUUCAGACACCAUUCAACAUAAUCAAACGGGCCAAUCAGAAAGAUAGCCUGUUGCAUCAGUUAGUCAUACCUUGGAAGAUCAGUUAUAAAUAAAAUUUAAACACAUGCUACUUUCUUAGUGCCUGCAUUGGUCGUGUUAUAGCCUCGCCUUCUGUUGUGAACAAUUACAAUAAUGGAAGAUCAAAAUUGUGGGAUGGGUUGGAAACGAGUGGCAUAGUUCAAAAUGAAAUUGCAGAAUGAAAGUCACGUGCCCAACCAUAAAGUAGUGUGUUAUUGUGGCAUGUGACCAGCGAAUACAUUUCAUGUAUUAUGGGCAUUAUAAUGCUGUCAAUGAUUUGAUGUUAAUGAUUUUUGUUAAAUGAAGUCAACAUAGGUAGUACAUGUAGAAAUUAAGUGAAUAUUACUUGUUUUAAGAUUCUGAAAUUAUCACUCUUCAUUUUGAUCCAGAUUUUGGAAAAACUUAAAUAAAGAGUUCGCAUAUGCUGACUUUCAGCUUAAGCAAAGCUCUUUAAAUAAUACUAGUAACUUGUACAAAUUGUCAUAUUCAUUGUCUUCUUUUCAUUAAAUAAAACAUAUUUCAGUAUUGUUUAACCAGUAAUAUAGCUAGACAUGCUAUUUUUUUUAAAGAAAGAUUCAAAAUUUUGACACUUCUAUUUUGAUCUUUCUGUAUUUCAGUCUGUAUACAAUACUUAUUAGUUUGCUUAGAGGACUCAGUAUUUUACCAAGAAUCGUGUGUAGUCUCAUACAAUUUAAAAUGCAAAAUAUUAAUUAAUUUACACAGUUUCAUCAUAUUUUAAAAGCUGUAUUCAUGUUCAAGACACAAAACCUAUGUUGUCAUCAUUUGAUAAAGGAUUGUUUGAAAUGAAUAAAAUUUGAAAGGUUA